UGCAUACAUGUCGUCCAACUUCACAUUCUCUACUACAACUUACUACCACAGUACGACGUGGAGUACCCUUCGACAGUCUAGAGACACACCUUCAACUUCCACAGGACGCAAGGUCUGGGUGCUUCAUUCCAAUACUACAACAAGAACCGCAACCAGCCGUAUCUUAGCGAUCUUACCGCUCUAUUUCCUUGUCUCUUUCUACACCUGAGCCGUUCGCAAGCCAUACUCAUGGCGCAACCCACUGACAAUCCUCUCGUCUCCUCCAAACCUUCCGAUAGUGGCCUCUCCGUAUCGCUCCACCCAUUAGUUCUCCUGACAGUCUCCGAUCAAGUUACAAGACAUUCAGUACGGCAGCAAACCGGGCCUGUUGCCGGCGCUCUGCUGGGGCAACAGAUCGGGCGUCAGAUUACAGCCGAGCAUGCAUUUCCCGUGUCUCUAGUCAAAAGUCCAGAGGGGCAAUGGCGGUUCAAUGCAGAGUGGAUGGAAACCAGGAUACAACAGUACAAGGAUGUGCACAAGUCCCCCGCCUUGGACUUUGUAGGCUGGUACACUCUCUGUCCAAGAGAUGGCCCUCUGCCGGAACUCAUCCCAUUGCAAAAGCAAGCCAUUACAUUCUACAACGACAGUGCCAUUCUUCUUGCCCUACACCCGGAACUUGUGAAACAGCCCGACACAGCCACGGGUAAGCUGCCCAUCACCAUCUAUGAAAGUGUAGUCGACGCCGAACACGCUCAAGAUGACGAGUCGAUGCAAGUUGACGGCGAAGAAUCGUCAGCAAUCAGAUUCAAACAACUGCCUUACACGAUCGACACCGAUGAGACUGAGAUGAUUGCUAUUGACUAUGUGGCCAAGGGAGCGGGCAGCGCGGCCAUGGUGGACGAGGCGGGAUCUACCGAACCAGCUGUGGCACCCGAGCAGUCUCCCGCGGACAAGAAGGGCAAGCAAAGGGCAGAUGACUCUACGCCACAGGAAUCUGAGCAAACGGCAGCACCGGCCAGCAGCGACUCCAGCAAUUUUCUCUCGCCAGAAGAAGAGGACCAGAUCGCCAAUAUAACCACUCGGCUGAACAGUGUCAAAAUGCUACAAAGCCGCAUAUCCUUACUUCGCGGUUUCAUCCAAUCUCUUCCUCCAUCAUACAUAUCCGACCAGCAGUCUGCGCAGUUGACUCCAACCUCCCCUGAUCCUUCUCACCUGUCGCAUCUGCGCAACAUUCAGGCCCUCAUCACUCGUCUCUCUCUACUCACGCCAUCGUCGUCGGCGGCGGCCAAGUCCGCGUCCUCUGCACAACAACUGGCACCUCUGGCUGCAGCGUCACAGGCACAGUCGAACGACGUGGCAUUGGCCAACAUGCUGGCCAUCAUAGGGCAAGAUAUCCAGGCCCUCAGCGAGCUGGGGCGCAAAUUCGCCACUGUCGAGGGGAGUCGCGGGCCCAAAGGCAGAACUGCGGUCGGAGCCAAGAACGGCGCCGGUAGCGGCGGUCCUGCAGGAGCUGGCCUGGAGGAAGGUAAUGGUCGCUUUGGCGGUAUUGCUGCCUCGGGCGGCGGGAGCGGGGUGGCAGUCUGAUUCAAUGCCUCAUCUUUGCCCGACGUGGGUGGCUAACUGGCUUCUCCAGCCGCGCUGUUGGAGGUUGCCACUACUCGUCCUCCUUAUCCAUUAGCAUGCCACACUCACUGCAUGCAUUGUCAGUACAUGUACAUUGUCACUUGGCGCGACCAACUGCACUAUCCCCUGCAUGUAUCGACACCUUGGCUGAUUACAACAAUACAUUCUCAAGUCAAUCGACAACAGCGUGGCCGGUUAGACUCUACGCGUUGCAUUCUUACUGCAGAAAAGGACACUGAGACAGCCUCGUGUGCCGCCAGUAUGGUCUUGCUGGUUGACUACCUUACAAGCUGCCGGGCAGGCGAUGCAGUAAUAUGGCGACCACGCGACAGCCUUUUGGCCCGAGUCAGCUCCACGGUCAAGGGGCGUUGUUGCGCUGUUAGUAAUGGACAAGGCAGGAAAGCCCUUUAUCUUUUGGAGAAAUCCUUGCAUCUUUACGAACUGGAUUUCAUUGGACCAUAGAGCAUGCGCAGCAGAUCCGGGGUUUACAAGGCACUGCACUGCUAGUGUCAUUCGGAUACGGCCACGGAUGAGACACGGUACCAAACUAGUACCAUACGUCCGUAGAAGAGGGCGUUCUGAGACUCGGCGCUUUUGACAGAAAGACACUACAGGCAACGAAAAGAAAAGAAAAGCAUUCAUGGACCUAAAGGUAAUCAUGGAGGUUCUCAAGGGUCUCUAUGAAUUGCUGUGUCUUCAUUCCCUGAGACUAGACUAAGUCCACCCACAUGCAUUGCUAUGUAGGCUAGGCUAUUGCAUCAUGCGAGGCCUACUCGCAUACUGUGUUCAAGUUUCGCAUACUGUCUUCUGUUCCCAUCCUGUUUGACUCCGUCCACCAAAAUCCAUGCGUUAUAGCACCGUAAUAUCACUGGCGCACAAAAUAAAAAAGACAUGGACACAAG